GAAAAAGUUGGUGCUGCACUAGUAUUCUAUUAAAGCCAAUAAAGGCGGGAAGAAAUGAAGAGAAAAAGGAGGGAAGCUGCAAUAAAACUAAAAGAAAGCCUAAACCCCCAAAAUGAUGACCUAAUAGUUGGAUAACAUUUGUGUUGAGGUAUAAAGAGAUAUGGAUGAACAAGGUUUGAAAUCGACGAGCGAAAUGACCAGAUCCCUGAAGCAGAAGCUCAAGAAAUAUGGUUUGGCGUUGAAAAAAAGAGCUAUUGGUGUUGGUCCUGAUCCAGAUCCAAGUCAAAGUAAUAGAGAGGGGACUGUUGAUUUGGGUAAGGAUUCUGAUACUUUAGUGUUUUCAGAAUUAAGUGUUAAUGUCGUAUGUGAUUCUGAGAGUGAAUUUGGAGAAUCUGUUUUAAAUGAUUUCGAUCUUUCUGCUGAGAAAAUUGAAUUAACUGAGCCGAUUGAUGUUUAUGUAGAGGAGAAAAUAGAAUUUACUGAGCCGAUUGAUGUUAAUGUAGAGGAGAAACUGGAAUCUACUGAGCCGAUUGACGUUGAUGUAGAGGAAACAGAGGUAGUUGAUAAGAUGAUGGUGGAGGAGAAUUGUAAGUGGGUAAGGCUGAGUGGAAACUCCGAAAAGGUGGAUCAAGGUGCCAAUUCAGCUACUAUAUUUAAGGAGCCAGUGGCGAAUCCAGCUCCUGCUAGUAGCACUAACACCAAUUUCAUUGAGAUUGCUAAGAAGCGUGGUUUGACGUUUGAUCGUCCUAGGUGGUGGCCAUCGGAUGAGGUUAUUGCUAGAGACUGGAAGAGGAGGCUCGCAGGAAACAGCGACUAAUGGGAAGAAUCACAGCAUAGCUGGUAAACUGGUAGUCCAACUUUUGUGAAAUAGAUGUGGUCAUCUAUGUCAUAACUCAGUGGUUUUUGUAUGUACCAGCUUGGAUAGAUAUGAUCAGAUCCGUCUAACUAAGUGGUUUUUGUAUGUACUGCCUGUUUUAACGUAUGUUAUCCUACUAGUUUAUAUUAUCUGCUCCA